UCUGCUGAGGUGGCUGACCCUCUGAUGGAAAAAAAAUAUCUGGUCUGCGCUUCGAAGCUCCUAGAGUUGUUUUCGAUCUGUAAGGAGUGCCUGGCCCCAACAGAGACGAAACUGAAGCAACGGGGGACCCUGCUUCACGCCGUAACUACAUGUGUUAGUGGCCAUACGACUGUAUGGGAAAAUCAGCCAACAAUUAACGGCAAGGCGCUGAUGAACAUCAUCUUGCCGGCCGCUAUAACAUACUCUGGCGCCAGCCCUACACGUGUUCUGCGCCUUCUGGGGUCAAUAGGUGUCGCUGUGAUACACAAGACUCAGUUCUUCAAGGUCCAACGCUGUCUGGUCUUCCCAGCUGCAACAAAGGUCUGGAAAACGGAGCAAACUGUCCUCCUGACAUCAAUCUGUGGCACUGGCCUUCACUUGGCCGGUGACGGCCGUGCAGACUCACCCGGCUAUUCUGCCAAAUAUGGGACCUAUAGCUUGCUAGAAACCAACAUCAACAAGAUCCUGCACUAUGAGGUUGUCCAGUCGAACGAGGUCAAGUCAAGCAACCAUAUGGAGACUGAGGGCCUCAAACGUUCUUUCGACUACCUCCAGGGUUGGGGGUUCUUCCCGGAUGUACUUGUGACAGACCGGCACUUUGGAGUGAGUGCCCUCAUGAAGGACAGCUACCCGAACACGAAGCACCGUUUCGAUGCUUGGCACAUUGCUAAAGGAAUUGGGAGCAAGCUUGCUACUGCAGGAAAGACAAAGCGAAACAGCAUCCUGAAUAACUGGGUGAAGACUGUUCGUGCCCAUGUUUAUUGGUGUGCUCAAACAAGUAACGACAACGGUGCAAUGGUGCUGGCCAAAUGGAAGUCGUUGAUGCGACAUGUCGUAGACGUGCACCAGCACCCUGACCCGAUGUACCCUGCGUGCACCCAUGCCUCGAUAGAGGACCGCUGGUGGCUUCUUGAAGGAUCUGAGCCAUACAUCGCACUGGAAAAAGUUGUGAUGUCGCAUCAGCUUUUGAAAGACAUCCCAAGGAUCUCUGGAGAUGGCCAGACGUACCGCUUGGAGUCUUUCCACAGCCUGCUCAUCAGGUUUACACCCAAGUCAACUCACUUCACUGUAGAGGGCAUGGUGGCACGGACUUCCAUUGCUGUCCUCCACUACAAUGAAAAUUCAGAACGGAAACAAGCCAAAACAAAAGGCAGCAAGGAGCGGUAUGCACUCCAAUACCCGAAGGCGAGAAAAGGCGAAUGGGUUGUAAAACAAAUCAUGGAGCCUGCGUCAUACGGUAAAUGGAAACAUUUUUAUUGA